UACAUUGGACCACAGAGGCUGCUUUAUUGCAAGAUGGAAGAUGAAAGUCGAAGUGCCUUUCUGAAGUGGUUACUUACAGAAAAGACGGGGCGACAAUCUUGCAUGAUAGGGAGACCCCAGGGUGAAAUGAUAAUUAGGUAUCUUCGGGAGAAGCGGGAGAGAGGAGAAGAUGACCCAGUACUUCGAAGCAAUUUUGAUGCUGUCUUUCGAGCUAGUGUCAAGAAAAGGAACUUUAAACUUCUCAAUGCUGUUGGACUUGGAGACAUUCUGUGUCUUCCAGUCAAAAAAACUGCAAAUAAGGGCAGAGAGAAUCAUGCAAUGCUUGGUCAAAAUAGACAAGUUAUAUUCAAAGAAGAUAUGUAUGAUGUAAUCCAAAAUGCUCACAAGAAUGGAAGCAAACACAGAGGAUACAAAGGAACUUUUAAUAAGAUAAACGAAACCUAUUGUAGUAUUCCCAGAGAGGUUGUUUACAAAUAUGUAGAACUUUGUGAAUUUUGUGCUGUUCAUCAUGCCUGUUACACCCCAAAGCACCACAGAGAGUCAAAUGGAAAAACUACAAGUGGAAAAAAAGUCAAAAAGCAGAAGAAAAAAAUUGAGUUUUCUGAUGCAUUUCUCACAAGAUGCCAAAUUGAUAUUAUUGACAUGACCAAAAAUGCAGAUGGAGCAUUUUCUUACAUCGGACAUUUUUUCGACCAUCAUACGAAAUACAAUGUUUUGUUCCCACUAAAGACAAGAGAACCAGUAUAUGUUGCCAAGAAGCUUUGUAGACAUGUUUUUGGUCAUUUCGGAUUACCUAGAAUUAUUUACUCGAACAUGACCCGUGAGUAUAUUGAUGACCUUACCCAUUGGAUAAUUCACUUUUGGUCAACCGAUGUCCCAAUUAUCAAUGGUGAUCCAGAUAAUAAGAAAUUGCUCCCAUUGAUUCAACAAAGACAAAAGACUGUAAUGAUUCUUAUAGAAACUAUACGCUCAAAGCAAGGUAAUUCUAACAGCUGGUCAUCCUGGCUUCCAGGUAUCCAAUAUUCCUUAAAUACCAAUGAAUUCGAGCAAGAAUUUCCUCCGUCAUUUGAUGCUGUUUUCAAAAGCCGACCACGAUGUUACAGCUACUCAGCGUCAAACACACAGACACCCAGAGAAGAAGACCUUGCAGAGUCUGAAGAAGAUGUAGUUAAUGAUGACGUUGCUGUGAUCGGUAUGGGAGAUGCUUCGCAAGAAUUUAUUUGUCAACCCAGCGUGGCAACCCCUUCCUCGGAAGAUUCUUCCCCAAAUUUCAGUUUGUCUGCACCGGGAAGUCUUAUACCUCUAACUAUGGUGUCUGGGAAGAAAGACAUAUCUCAUCUAGAUUUACUUGAUAAUUCAGAUACUGCGCAUGACGUUAGCUGCAACGUUUCGUUGGAAAAUGAAAGCAAGUCGUUAGGUAUCCUCUCAGUGCCUGCUAACGAUGUACAAGAAUAGCUGAAUUCACCAAUGUGCUUUGGAACGGAAGCUAAAUCAUUUGUAUCUUAAUGUUUGUAGAAUUUGCAUUCAUAUUUUCUGUAA